CUUUUACCAAAAAAUUAGACUGUAGAAUGCCAUGACUUCAGCUCUUAGUUUACAUUUCUUGUCCAGAGAUUCCAGACGUCACUUUUCUGAUUUCCCAAGAAAAGCCAAAAAUGUUCGCAACUAUUUUAAACGUUUUAAAGAACUCUACUGGAUAUGUCAACUUCAUCGACAUUUGCGACACCCUGGAGCGAACCCACCCCCAAGUCAUCCCCCGAACAAACGACUGGCAAAGAACCGUCAGGGAAUCGCUGCUUCAAGCUCACAGGCAAGGGCUGAUCUUCAAAUCGGACGAUCGUUACAAAUUCGCAGUUGAUCUGUCCAAAUCGGAAGAUGCCCGCUUUGCCACCAGAAUCGAAGCCGUCAAAAAGGAGCGUCUCGCUGCGAAGCAAAGCACUUCUGGAGCGGCAAAUCCCGCUCAGGAAAUUGCUGGACCGUCCGGAUAUUCCUAUCGUAUGGUUCCGGGGGUAGCUAGUCAACCUGUUGAUGUUCGUCGGGCCAACGGUGCGCUUUCUAUCCGGGAUGAGCAGCAAAGUCGUCGUCGUUCCAGGGGUAAAUCUUCCGGAAGGGGACGUUCUCGAUCGCGGUCCUCAACGAGAGGACGGACUUCGCAUAAAUUUUAGUUAUUUUUUAAAUUGUCUGUUUUUGCUUUUAUUUUGAAUAAAUUAUUGU